AUAAAAUUGGAGCUUAGAAGAUACUUCACUUCACACUCCCUCUUCUGCUCAGCCUCUUGCUGAUCUCUGGUAGUGAAAAAGUUGCAUCUAGCUAGGUGCUUUUGGAUCACUUUCUGCGGUAAAAGCGGGUUGAUUGUUAACUUCAACAAAGGGUGUGGUUGUUGCUCUUCAGAGUUCGUUUGCAUGGGCUGUGCAUCUUCCAAGCAGUUCAAGCGAGCUCCGGGAUAUGAGGAUCCUAUUAUCCUGGCCAUGGAGACUACAUUUUCUGUGAAUGAAGUGGAGGCCCUCUAUGAGCUGUACAAGAAGAUAAGCCAUUCCAUAUCCAAGGAUGGGCUUAUUCAUAAGGAGGAGUUCCAACUUGCUCUCUUCAGGAACAGCAACAAGAAGAAUCUCUUCGCCGAUCGGAUAUUUGAUCUGUUUGAUCUGAAGCGCAAUGGGGUGAUUGAUUUCGGGGAGUUUGUUCGGUCCCUCAACAUUUUCCACCCCGAUACGCCUAUGGCUGAAAAGAUUGCCUUUGCAUUUCGGUUAUAUGAUCUGAGAAGUACUGGAUACAUUGAGCACGAAGAGUUGAAGGAAAUGGUGCUUGCCAUUCUGAAUGAAUCAGAUUUGCUUCUUUCUGAUGACGCUGUCGAACAAAUUGUGGAUCAGACGUUCAAGCAAGCAGACCUGAACGGUGACGGGAAGAUAGAUCCCGAUGAAUGGAGGGCUUUUGCAAGUAAAAACCUAGGUUUACUGAAGAAUAUGACGCUUCCAUACCUAAAGGACAUAACCAUGGCAUUUCCUAGCUUUGUUCUGACCUCUGAAGUUUGUGAUGAAGAAUUGUAGCACCCUUGCAAGCGCCCUAUGCUCUAUCCUAUAUUGCUCACUGUGGGCAUGGACAGGCUGUGAGGACACUGCUAGCUCAGGUUGCUACUCAUCAGCACAAAGCAUCUGAUGACUAAGUCUCAGACGUACAGCAACAGCAACCUCCUGGGAUUUUGAAGAGCCCCCACAUCAAAGGACAGCGCGCAAAUUAGCAUCGAAACAAACCAUAAGGAUACUGUAAGCUGGUGGUUCACUUGAGGACAUGGUUGUAAGGGUCAGAAUGAUGAGUGCUAGGCCUUCCUCUUUUUGUUUUUUUGCUUUGGUUCUUGAGGUUAUAAAACUGGCAUCUGAAGUGGCUGAUUAUUAAGGCUGUGUUUGGUUUGGUUUAUUUUGGCUUGUGUUUCUUGGAAGUCGGAAGUCAAACCAAAUAACCUAGUUGGUGAGCUGGUUUUUAAAAAGUUGAAAAAUUGACUUACGAGGAAAUAAACUAAGGGUCUAUUUGUUUGA